AAUGAAAUGGUAACACCGUCUGCGCUAUCAGUGUACACUGGCGGGGCACCAGUGAGGGAUAGGUGAGAAUAAAAAGGCAGUUCAGUUAGCCCAUCGUGGUGAAUGCACCUGGAAUUCAGCACGAGGGUUUCCAGGGGGUAUGAGGUGGUAUGAGGUGGAGGUGGAGGCGGCGGGGUGUAUAGUGGUGUGCGCGUGCGCAGGCCGCGAGAGCCGCGCGCGGUCGCGGCUGCUGGUGCUGGAGCUGUGCGCGGGCCCGCUGCGCCGCCGCCUGCAGCGCGCGCCGCUCUCCUGGGCCGAGUUCGCGGCGCUCGCGCACGGGCUGGCCGCCGCGCUCGCGCACCUGCACACGCCUACGCCGACAAAACCGUGCGUAGUUCACCGCGAUGUCAACAGCAACAAUGUGCUGAUCUCCUUCGAUGGUCAGGCUCGCCUGGCGGACUUGGGUCUUGCCCAGGUUUUGCACCCCAGAAGGGACCGCGCUACACCCAGUAGAAUUACCGAGGCGGGUACGCUGCGCUACCUGUCGCCGGAGGCGCUGGAGGGCGCUCUGGACCUGUGCGGCGCUCGUGCUGCCCUCUGCGCCGUGGACGUGUUCGCGCUCGCGCUCGUGCUGUGGGAGAUGCUGUGGCGCACGGCGGGUGCACACCGCGGGCCGCCGCCGCCCUACCGCGCGCCCUACGACACGCUCGGCCUGCCGCCCGCGCCCACGCUGCACCAGCUGCAGAAUCUAGUAUCCCGCAAUAAAGCGCGUCCGCCGCUGCCGCGCGGACCGGUGCCCGAAGCGAGAGCUCUCAAAAUCGCCACCGACACGUGCGACGAAUGCUGGGAUCACGACGCAGAAGCCAGGUUGACGGCCGUGUGCGUGGAAGAGCGUAUGGCUGAGUUGAAGCAGAUGCUACAAACUCAGGGGCCCGUCAUACACGACAACAAUUUGCAUCCGCAUCCGCCAGAUGCAAGCAAUCCCCACCCGGAACCAGACAAGAACUCCAACUGUACAACAAGCCAGCCGAACCAGCAAUCCUGUGACGUCACCACCCCCCUACUGUACCCCCAACCACACAUCGGCCGCAACGCGUGCAUAGAACGCAACACGCACACAAACACACAGACACACACCGUGGAGCUCAUACAUAAAAGCCUCAAAGACAUCACCGCUCCGGUAGACGGCGUUAGGGUGCAGAACGUCGAAGAAAACUGCUUAUCUGUAGCCAGAACGAAUCCGAGACAAAUACAGGAGAAUUCUGAACGGCUAAACGAGAUCAGGUCCUACCAGAGGCCGCUGGAUUAUGUUCAAAAUGACGUCAGCUCCCACGAAGACAGAGGUCCCAAGCAAACGAAUCUACUCCAAGAUGUCAAAGUGGAAAAACCCAAAUGGGGCAUCAGAAAGUUCUUCGAACGACUCAACAAGAACAACAAACUCGAGACAGAAGUAAAAUUAGUACCUGAAUCGUGUGCCGUACAAAACGGUAAGGUCAAAACGUCCCUAAUCGACAAACCUAGCAAUAUAACCUUUGAUAGACCAUCCAAUUUGACCUUGAGUCAGGACAAUUACAAUUUUGAGGGACCGUGUACACUGUCGCCACCCAACAGAACACUGUCCCCAACAAUGAUGCUCGAAUCUGAAUUGAACAGAGAAAACAAAGUAUUCGGCUUCAAAGAAAUACCAAUCGAAAACGACAAUAAGGCUCCGAACCAGAUAUUUGCCGUCAUAGUUCCUAAAGCGAAACCCUCAGAUUUCACCGACAUUCGCAGCAAGUCUAGAGGAAGUUCAGAAAGUAUCAACAAGUUUCGAUCAUCAACGUCCUCGCAAUCCAUAUUCAAGUCGGCAAACUCAGAGUCCGAGGACUCCACAGUGAAGAAACGGCUGAGUUGUGAUAACAAAAUUAUCACCAACUCAAAUAGCGGUAGCUCUUCCAGGGCUAGUAUUAAUCUGGAAUUGCAAUAUAUAAAUACUCAAGCCGAUUACAACCAUAGUCCAUUCGAUAUGAACUCAGAAUGUUCUAGCAGCGAAGACGAGCACCUCAUGCUAUUAUCCGAGAACGGAGGCUCGAAAAUAACCAUGCAAACGGUAAAAUUGGAGCCGGACAAGAAGAAAUACCAGAACGAAGUGCUAAAGGAGUCGAGUCAAGUGACUGACUUUGGUUUCAACAAAUACCAAAAUAAGUACACAAAUUUCGAAAACGAAUUCAGCGAUCCAAACGAUAAGGAGAACCUAGUGAACGGAUACAGCGGUGACAACCCUGUAUACUUGGCUGCUCUGAACGGGGAAAUUGACACGUCAGAACUCAAGUUUUUGGGUACAGACGUGGAAAAGAGCCCGAAGUCUCCGAAGCCUUCAUUGAAGAAUUUGUCUAUAAAACGGCAGCAUUCUUUGGAGCAGGUGAGUGAGAUAUUCUCCUCGUCGUGCGAUGUGACCCUUCAGAACCCAGCUGGGAGGGUGAAGACCCCGGGGGACCUUCCAGCGGCAGUGCGGAAGGCGAGGAGGGACCGCGCUCUUCAAAAAGGUAGGGCCAGUGAAUGUAAUAGGUUAAGUUUGUAUGACGAUAGAAUGAUGUUUGGAAACAGCUUGUGAAUUAUGUUUGUAUGAAUUAAAAUAUGUAUGUGAAGGUAGUCUUGAGUGCAUUAGCAAAAUUAAAUUUUUAAAAAGGUUAUUACACCUUCUUUAAAAAAAUAAUCAUUUAGUAACAGUUGCCUACAGCUUUGCACGUGUAUUGUGUUUACCCUUGAAUUUGAAAUUUUACAAAAUCCAUCCUUAGUGGCUGCUUAAGUUAUAAAAUAAACUUAAGUUCCAAAUUUCAGCUUUCUAGACUUAAUAGUUUUGGUAUUUCUUGUGUGGGUAUUGUCAAUCCCGGUUUUGCAUGCACCAAGGCUGUCAUACACUCUGCAAUCCCAGUGGAAUAUGUACAAAAUACGAAUGUACAAUUUAAUUUGAAAUAAGAACUAUUUUAUUCUUAAUUUGAAAAUUUUCUUUUCUAAUUGUAAAAUAUGUGUUUUCAACCAGUGUCUUAAUUGAUAUUAGAUGAUAUAAAUUGUUCAAACGAAGGACAAAAAUCUUUAAUUUUUUUUUUAAUCGAUAGGAUAUUUUCUUAUUGUAUUAAAAUCAAUUAAUUGUAUUAAAAUUAAUUUCCUACAUGCACACAUAAAUUCUUUAAAGAAUUUAUGUGUGCAUGUAGGAAAGUCGUUAGAUUUAAAUUGUGACAAAUAUGGUAUUGAAAAGUAUGUUAUUUCUUAAUGUUAACUUAUGUGGUGUCCCACACAAGCGAUUAAAUGUAAUACUAAUAAUAUAGCUGAGCUAUUUAAAAAUAUAUAAACACUAUUAUUGUAUAUAACAACUAACAUAUUGUAAUGAUAUAUAUAUAUAUAUAUAUAUAUAAGAAUCUCUUUACUUACCUACAUUCCUCGUUCCGCGAACAAAUCGACAAACAUUAUAGUUUUAAUGUUAAUAUAAUAAAUACUAAGUUGUAAUUUUAUUAAAAUACUAUUGUUAUGUAAUAACUACACUGAGUCAUACUACUUUCUUGUGUUGUCUUUUCUCGUGUGUACAUUUUGGGAUUGUUCAAUUACUUGCACAGUUUAUAGGAUGAUUACACUAAUAUUUUGGCUAUAUUAUGUUUCAGUAGGACUUAACGAAAAUGAUGUCGUUUAUCUCCAAUAAUAGUACAAAUAAAAAGUCGAUUAAUUGAUUGGACGAUUCGAUUUAUUACAAAUAUCAUUUGGUGCAAGAGCCUUCGUCCCUUCCGUCGUAGAUAUACCUAUAUAUAUAUAUAUAUAAUUUGCACCGAUUUAAAAACAUGUGAAUAGGCAAUUCGUGGACCCGCGAACCUCAUUUUAGUUCUCAAAAUCGCUAUCCAUCAGGUGAGAUCGUGAUAAAUCCCAGGACCUUUCUAUAGUCCUAUAUAAGAGAUCCCGUAAUAAUCUCAAAAAAACUUGGUCACCUUUUCGUUAAGUUCUACUCGUAACAAAAUAUUUUGAAGGUGUUAAACUUAUUCACGAGUCCCUCGCAAUCGAAUAAAGUCGAUAGAAAUAUAAAACGAUUAUUAUAUCGAAUGAAUAAAAAUCGAUUUGUGUAUAGCAUAAAAUAGCGCAACGAUGUCGUUGUAUCGCUUAUUAUAUUAAAGCAUCGAGGUGGGACAUCUACUAGCUAUGCUAGCGACCUCUGUGGCGCAAUAGUGCAAACUGACAUGAAAUAUUCAUGGAAUAGCGACAUCUGUUUUGAUUUUUGGUUAGUUGGUUUAAAGAAUUGUUACAAAAUGCCACUUCAAACAUUUGUUUUAUGAAACAAGAGUCAUUAUUAUUGCAUUUAGAUGUAAUUAUAUAUUAUUACUAAUGUGAGAGUACUAAUUAGUUUAAACAUUAGGAAUGGAUAAUAUAUGCCAAUAUCUAUAUAUUGUAGUUAUAAUAUCUAUAUAUCGGAGUAUUAGCCCAUCGUGAUGAAUUGGAAUUCAGCACGAUAGUUUCCAGAGGGGACCACGUGGAGGUCGACCUGUUUGGGUAUAUUACCAGCAAUGCGACCCAUAAUUUCCAUUAUUAACAAUCCUUAAAAAGCCGCAUGUGCAUUAGCGUGCACAAACGUGCAGACAAACAGAAAAAUUCUAAAAAUCAUUGUUUUGGGUCCUAUUGCGCUCAUGAAGGCCCCCUAUAAUAGUUUUUCUUAUAUAUCUUCCAUGUACAGACAGCGACCAGUUACGAUUUUAUUGUAUAUAUUGAAUAAACCAGUAUAUAAAUAUAGUAACUAAAAUAUAUAUAUAUUGCUAUAUAUUACCCAUACCUAGUAUCAUAUCCAUGUACAAUAUAUGGAUUUAUUUUGUAUAGCUCACACCAUUUAAUGUGUAUUCCCUUAAAUUCAUUAUAUAAAACGAUCAUUGAUAUUCGUAUAUCGAUACAGUCGAAUAAGUAUAUGUGUUUUAAAUUAGGAAUUAAAAAAAAAUUGUUUAUGCUGCGUACAGGUAGCUAAGAACAAGGAAUUACAUAGAAGGAAUGUUAAAAUAAAAACUGUAAAUAAUAUAGUUGCUUCCUUUCUUCUUAUGCAAAUAUAAUUAGUAAAAAGAGGACGAAAGAUACACCGUCAGUUGCAGAUUUCUCAGUUCAAAGCAGACUAGUGUAUAGAUGUUAUACGGCCGUAUAACCCUACCAAAUUCAGAUACAACCCGCUUGCAUACUUUCUACAUAAUCUGUGUCGAAUAUAUAAUCUAGUAAUGUAAAAUUUGUCAUUGACAAAUAAUUGACAUAUCAAACAUUUUCUAUACACUAGCCUGCUAUGAAUUGAGAAAAAUAGCAACUGAUGUUGUAUCUUUCGUCCUCUUUUUACUAAUUAUGUCUGCAUAAGAAGAAAAGAGACAACCAUAUGAUUUACAGUUUUUAUUUUAACAUUCCUUCUAUGUAAUUCCUUGUUCUUAGACAGGUAGUAAGGUAAAUAUCUAUCUUCACAAGUAAAUAUAUAUGUACAGUAUUUUAAAUUGCGUCUAAUAUUAGAAAUGUGAAAGUGAGUUCGUUUGUUACCUCAUAGCGCCUAAACGGUUUAACCAAUUACUAUGUAAUUUAGUAUAUACGUACUUUAUGGGAUAAAGUACGUACUAAAAAUACCAAAAGACUACAGCAUGGGGUUCUUCUAAAGAGAGUGAAGAGGUUUCUGCAGAGUCGGCGACGCUUGCGUAAUACCCCUGGUAUUGCAGGCGUUCAUAGGCUACGGUAACAAGCUGACGGCCCACCUGAUGGAAAGUGGUAACCGUCGCCUAUAGACAUGAGCAGUACCAUGGACAUAACAGAGUAUACUGUUUCGCCCAUGAUACCCCUCAUGCGUUGCCAUUCCUGAGGACUCGAGUGUUAUUCCUCUGUACCCAGUAAAUUCACGCCAUAUCCCACCCUUCACACCGAAACACAGCCAUGCAAACACAACUGCUUCACGGUUGAAACACGAAUGGGACAGAGGUGCCCAAGUAAUCAACUUUUGUACAAAGUCUCCCUCUGGUCCGACCGGACCGGACCGGAGACAAUGGUGCAGCUGCUUAUCAGCGACAACACUUUUGUCUCCGGUCACCGCUGUCUGAUAUCAUAAGCCUAUGCCUCUGAUCUGCCCACUCUCUACUUUGAUAUCAUUCGUUAACUGUUCAUUACUAAGCAUACGGCUCGCCUUAGGAGUUCUGCCAAUAGUUGCCACGCUUGGAGACGGGUUGGCAACCGCAGUGAGUCUUUGAUGGUGUUUUAAGAUGGACGCUGCUGCCUAUCCCUCGAGCAUUCAUCAUUUCAGCCAUUAUCCGUCCACUGCUGGACAUAGAUCUCCCCCAUAGACUGCCAUAAGGAACGGUCCUGAGCCACCUGCAUCCACUGACUUCCCCCCUCGACUAUUAGUUAUUUAUUAUUGGAUUUAAGCCUCAAACUCGUGUGCAUGACAGGGAUAAAUGGUAUACUACGUCCCCCUCCAUCUCAUAUAGAACGUGCAUACCAAAUAGCAUAGUGAUUGGAUGAGCCGUUAAGGCGCUAUAAGGUAACAAACAACCUCACCUUCACCUUUAUAAUAACAGUAAGGACUUUCUCAUGUAAAUUACUUUUUUUGUCAAAACUCUGCUAUUUCUUAAUUCUCUUCGUACAAGGCAAUAGCACAGUCUAGAGAACAGCGGGUCUUCCAUGAAAUGAAAUUCCGAAAUUUCGGACUCAAUUUCGUGUUUUUGUUUAUACCAAAAUCGGAUCAAUAAAUGGAAUUUAAUAUUUCGUUUAUCAUACAUCCUAUCAUAAAAGUCCAAAGGAACAAUAUUUUAACAUUUUUAAUAUUUCCAAACAGCAUGUAUUAUGUAAUUUUAACAUCAAAUUUGUGCUUUAUUCUUUCUUUAUUCUUUAUUAUACACUAAAUGUUAUUGAAAUGUAAAAACAAACAUAAUAGUGCACAAGGACGAGCUUAUCUCCAAUAGAGAUUUCUUCCAGCAAACCCAAUAUGAGAAAACUGACAGUUCA